AAGCAUUGACGGCGAUAGGUUGAAUCCGAUUACUAUGACGUCAUGCGCGUUCUGAAAUAUCGACUCGGAAGCACUCGGAAGUCGGAACGUAUCGCCUCUCUAGUGCUCUAGACCGCCUCUUUUUCCGUGGCAUCGAGGUGAACGUGAGUUCUGUAUUAACACAUCGCCAAAAUGACAAACUCGAAAGGCUACAGGCGAGGUACGCGGGACCUCUUUUCCCGCAAAUUUAGAAAACGUGGAACCAUCCCGCUGUCCACGUACAUGAAGACGUACAAGGUCGGCGAUAUCGUUGACAUCAAGGGAAACGGUGCCGUGCAAAAGGGCAUGCCGUACAAAGUCUACCACGGCAAGACCGGCCGUGUGUUCAAUGUGACGGCGCACGCCCUAGGAGUGAUCGUGAACAAGAGGGUUCGCGGACGCAUCAUCGCUAAGAGGAUCAACAUACGCAUCGAGCACGUGAGCCACUCCAAGUGCAGAGACGACUUCCUCAAGCGCGUCAAGGAGAACGAGAGACUCAGGAAGGAGGCCAAGGAGACGAACGUUCGCGUUCAGCUGAAGAGACAGCCCGCUGAACCUUCCAAAGCUCACAUUGUGUCUGGACGAGAGGCGCCUAUCUUGCUCGCGCCUGUCCCAUAUGAAUUUAUUGCUUAAAAUAUAUAAUAAACUAAAAUUUUCAAAAUA